AUGACGCGGUUACGGGCGGAGGACCGCGGAGAGAAAGAUGAUACAGACGUGGGAUUAGUUAAACCUCGACUCCCCCCGCCCGGUUUUGCCUGCCUUAUUUUCGCCGCCACCAUCGCCAUCGACUUUUCAUCCCCCUUGAAGCAACCGCUGGGCUUAGGAAUUUUUGCGCACGACGCAAACGGAUCCCCCUGUUGCCGUGCAUCGCAUGAUUCGAGGGAAGAGAUUUUGGCAGACUUCCAAAAAAACGUGGACCCAAAAAAACCACGGAUCUCGCAGCAAGCCGGCGGCGUGAAACUUCUUCGCAUAAACGUGCCACCGUACACGUUGCAGGGUGACAGCGCGCUCUUGCAAUGCAGAUACGACUUGGGACCGGGCAAACUGUACUCCGUAACCUGGUACAAGGACCACGAAGAGUUCUACAGAUACGUGCCAAGGGCCAAUCCCAGCCAACACAGCUAUCAAGUUGAAGGGGUGAAAGUUGACUCUCACAUGUCGGACAGUCAGCAAGUUUUUUUGAAACACGUCGGUCUCCGUACGAGCGGUCUUUACCGAUGCGAAGUGAGCGCGGAAGCUCCAAGUUUUCCUUCGGCACACGGCGAAGCUCACAUGGAAGUGAUAUCCUUACCGCAAGACGGACCUCUGAUAACCGGGGAAGAAAAGAUUUACGCCAGCGGUGACGUUUUGGCUCUGAAUUGCACGAGCGGCAAAUCUUUUCCACCGGCGCGUCUGAAAUGGUUCAUCAACGGCGUACAGGUGCAUCCCGAUUACGAAGCGAUGAUACAACAGCACGGUUUGGUGUCGUCGGUUUCGGGACUUCGGUUAGAAGUUGGUCCCCAUCAUCUCACCGAUGGCAAAAUAAACGUCAGGUGCGAGGCGACGGUGCAAUCCAGUCGUCCCGUCAGCGAACCGCUCAUAGACCAACGGGAGACGCAAGUUUACGUUCAAGGCAGCGGUUCCCUACUGAGGCCGUAUUUUCCAUUGGUGUUUGGAUUAUUGGCAUUUUUCGGUCUACUGCCUUUACCGUGAAAAAAAUUAUCCAUCUAUAAUAUAAUAUACAUAAAAGAGAAAUUAAUCCAAAUACAUGUAUCUAUGUCUAAGGUUCCCCUAACGGGAACCCAAAUGCAGGAGUUAUUAUUCUUAUAAAGAAAUUAAUUUAAUUAACUAGGAACAAAGAGAAAAAAAAAAAUUAAAUUUGAUAACGAACUAAUGACGAUGUAAAGAAUUAACAAAUUAUCGAUUAACGGCAACAAAAGAAAAUAAGAAAAAGAAAUGAGGAUAAACGAAUACGCGAUAAAAUAAAUUCGUCGUGACAAAGAGACAAUCAAUAGCGUCGUAAUGAAGAAUAAAAUUUACAUAUUAUACACGUGUAGGUAUGUAAUGUAAUUGUACUGAAAAAAAAAGAAGGAAGAAAAAAAAAUAUUCAUUCCGGAAAGAAAUAUCAUCACGGUGGUUCGAAGCGUGGUUAUAUUAUACGAACUCAUUGAAAUCAAAUAACUGGUGUAAGAUCCCAAUGUAAUAAAUGGAUAGUGAAAAAAAAACGUGUACAGAAAGUACGUGUGCGGUACGUAGGUAUAUAUGUAAUUAUAAUAACGAUAUACAUACUCAUUUACGAUGUUGAAUAUACAUUUCAAAUUUUGAAGUUUUUGGGUUGCUUGCGAUAUUUUUUUUUUUUAAUUGUUUAAAAACUUUCUUUGUUUAAUAGUAAUUACGAAAAUAUCAUGAUAUGUACUAACGAUAAAAGAGACAACAAUAAUGAUAACAUUGAUGAUAAUAAUGAUAAUAUUGAGGAUAAUAAUGAUAAUAAUAAUGACAUUUAUAUUUAUAUGGUAGGCCAUUGAUUGGAAUAGAUAUUUUUUUAUGAUUAAUCCAACGAUGAACUAAGUCUUGAAUUAUCAUUACGAUGAAACAGGUACGUAAUACUUUUGAUUACGCGCAUCUUCCUACCGGAUUUCUUUCGUUGCUUUUUUUUUUUUAAUCGUUCUACUUCCUAGUUAUCAAUUGACAGUAUCGCGAAAGGUUCGUUUGAUAUCGAGUAAAAAUUGCAAACGGCAGAGAAGUUAGAAAGAAAAAUAAACGAAGUUUUAUCGAACGAAGAAAGAAAAUUAUUUAUUUAUAUAAUACGAUGCAUAUAUCGAUUGCAGCUUUGUGAUAAAUGAAAUAGAUUAGGUAAUACAUAAUUUGUAAAUAAAUGAAUAAAUUCCUGUAAAGUAAAACGUUAAUAAUAAAUAAAUUUGAAGAAUUUUGAAACCAACCAAAAAAAAAAAGGGGACAAAAAAUUGUUGAAAUAUUUAAAGUGGAAAAAAAAUUAAUAGAUAAAUAAUGAAAAUAACAUAUCUGAUCGUUACGUGCUUUUUAAUAUGGAAUAUUAUAUUAAGAUGAUAUUUAACGUAGCCGUAUGUAUAUGUUCAUAUGAUCGAACGCUCUCCACAAUUGUGAAAUCACCGAAAUUUCGUUCCCUGAGAAAAUCCAUAUCGCGAGAAACGGAUCGGACGCGAUCGGAAAAAUAUUUCUACGGAUAUAUCUUGAUGGAAAUAAGAACCUGAAAGGAAACUUCAUAUGAUCUUCGAUUUUUUGUUCAAUUGUGCCGAGUGUUACGUAAUAUUACCAUGUAAUAUACAUACGCAUGAAAAAGUAAUAUAAUAAUGAUAUUUUUUGUCGACGCAAAAUAUUAGCAGAAAAUUCUAAAAGAGCAAAAAUAUGAAUAAAAAUGAACAAUAAAAAAGAAAACGAAAUACACAAAAAUUGAAAAGAAAAAAAAAAAAAAAAAACGCACACGUACCAACAAUAUUAUAUACAUAACAUAUAUGUAAUGAAGGAUUGUAAUCUAGAUACCAUGUAUAAUUUAUAUCACAGCUAUAUACAUAUAUAUAUACUAAUUAUAUACGUAUAAUAAAAAUAACAUGAUCGUUAUCAAAUAUCGUAUAUACUAUACAUAAUAAUAUAUGUGUAUACAUACAUGUAUUAAAUAAUUAUAGUGAGAUUUUCAUGUGAAUAAGAUGAUGUAAUUAUUCCUCAGAUAAUUUGACGAAAUUCGACGCUUUCAUUUUAUUAUCAUUGUACAUGCCGGUAUGUAUACGCGUAAUAAUUGAUUAAAUAAGUACAAUGUACCUAUACGUACACGUGUACACUUCACUUAUGUAUGUAUGUAUAGUUAUACUUUGGCAGGUAGUACAUAAUUACAUUUGUAUGCAAAUAUAGUAGCUCCAUUCUACAUAUAUAUUUACGAUGUAGGGUAUUACCCCGAGCCGCGUCUUGAUUAAUUAAUCAACUAUGCGUAAGAGAUGCGGCCCCAGUGGAUGAGGGAAAAAUGGAAAAAAAUAGAGAAAAUAAAAAUUGAAAAUUAAUCAGAACGCGAGAAAAACCGUAGACGGAAAGAGGAUGAAUUGGAAGAUCGGUAAAAAGUUUGUACGUAGACGUGCGUUUAACAUAUAUCUAUGGUUUAACCCAUGAUAUCUGCACAGGGUAACGAAAUUUGGAGGCGAGAAAAAAAAUAAGUUCGAAAAUAACCGAACACACGAGGAUUGAAAAUGGACGUUGACGAAAUAUGUGCAGGAUACAUCUCCACGACCCACUCGAAAAGUUCUUUCUACAGAGACAAAAAAAAAAAAAAAAUAAUCCAAUAAAAAGAACCAAAGAUCCCUUGUACUAUAUAUGUUAUACGUAUAUAUAGAUAAAAGAGAAACAGAAAAUCAAUGAAUGAAAUAUAAAUAUAUAUAAACAUAUACACACACGUGAUUCGGUGUUUAAAUAUUCUCCGUUAUGCAGGUAAAAGAAAGAAAACAAAAAAAAAGCUUCAAUAUAAUUGAUCGAACCAUCAAUCAUUGUACGCGUCACUCUCGUAGGUAUCAUAAUUUAGUUAUUAUAAUUUAUCUAUGCAUAUUUAUAACAGUACUAAUAAUAACGAGGAGAGGGAGGAGGAGAAUAAUGAUAAUGAUGAUAAUAACAAUAAUGAAUAGUGUAUAACUAUGUAUAUGGCCUAAUGUAUACAUUUGUAUGUAUAUACAUGUAUACAUAUAUAUAUAUACACUUCGUAGAUUUAGUAACAAUAAAAUCAUAUAAUUUCAUCAUAAAUCCAA